CCCUCACACCGUCCUCUCUCCUCCGGAGCAGCGAGGCGCACAGAGACGCGACUCCGGCGCGCUGCAGCUCCUCCGCGUCUCCCCCUCUCUCUCCCUCUCCCAGCAAAAAAAACCAAGGCUCACUGUCUUCUCAUUGCCAGUGCUACCUGUGUGUGUUUGUUUUCUGUUUCUCUCUCCCCAUUCACCCCCAUUUUCCUCCCCCGUGCCGGCUCCCCUCAUGCCGCCGCCAAAGCGCCGGAUCCGGGGCCAUUUGUGACCGAGCCGCAGCGUGUGGAUGAACAUGGCGUGCAUCGGGGACGCGGACCCUUUCACCGCGGCGAUACCGGCCACCAAAGUUGAACUUACGGUCUCCUGCAGAAACCUCCUGGACAGAGACACGUUCUCCAAGUCUGAUCCAAGUAAUGUGCUGUACACUCCAGGAAUAGCCCACAGGGAAUGGAGAGAGUUUGGACGAACAGAGGUCAUAGACAACACCCUCAACCCCGACUUUGUGCGCAAAUUCAUCCUGGACUAUUUCUUCGAGGAGAGGCAGAAUCUACGCUUCGACCUGUACGACUUAGACUGCAAGAGCGACAACCUCUCCAAGCACGACUUCCUGGGUCAGGCCUUCUGCACGCUGGGCGAGAUAGUCGGCUCCCUGGGGGGCCGCCUGGAAAAACCUUUGAUCGGGAUCCCGGGGAAGAAAUGCGGCGCCAUCAUAGUGAGAGCAGAGGAACUGAGCAACUGCAGGGAGUCGGUGAUGCUGCAGUUUUGUGGCAACAAGAUGGACAAAAAGGACUUCUUCGGGAAGUCGGAUCCCUUUCUCGUCUUUUACCGCAGCAACGAAGACGGAUCGUACACCAUCUGCCAUAAAACAGAGGUGGUGAAGAACACACUGGAUCCGGUGUGGCAGGCUUUUAAAAUCCCUGUGAGGGCGCUGUGCAACGGCGACUACGACAGGAGCAUCAAGGUGGAGGUGUACGACUGGGACAGAGAUGGAGGUCAUGACUUUAUUGGCGACUUCAGCACCAGCUACAGAGAAAUGUCCAGAAGCCAGUCACAGUUUCACAUCUACGAGGUUCUAAAUCCAAAGAAAAAAGGAAAGAAGAAGAAAAAGUACCAAAACUCCGGAACGGUCACCCUCCUCUCCUGCCUCGUGGACACCGAGCUCUCCUUCCUGGACUACAUCCGAGGCGGGACUCAGAUUAACUUCACAGUGGCAAUUGAUUUCACGGCAUCAAAUGGCAACCCGUCCCAGCCCACCUCGCUCCAUUACAUGAGCCCGUACCAUCUGAACGACUACGCCAUGGCGCUGCGAGCCGUCGGAGAGAUCAUCCAGGACUACGACAGCGACAAGAUGUUUCCGGCACUGGGCUUCGGCGCCAAGCUUCCACCGGAUGGGCGGGUCUCGCACGAGUUUGCCCUGAAUGGCAAUCCACAGAACCCGUACUGCAGUGGUAUCGAGGGGGUGAUGGAGGCCUACUACCAGAGCCUCAAAUCUGUGCGUCUCUACGGACCCACACACUUCUCCCCCGUUAUCAACCAUGUGGCCAGGUAUGCGUCGGCGAUGACGGACGGCUCCCAGUACUUCAUCCUGCUCAUCAUCUCUGACGGCGUGAUCACGGACAUGGCGCAGACCAAGGAGUCCAUCGUCAAUGCCGCGUCUCUGCCCAUGUCAAUUAUAAUAGUCGGGGUCGGACCAGCGGAAUUUGACGAAAUGAUUGAGCUCGACGGGGACGAGGAGAGGAUCUCGUCCCAAGGACGAUACGCCGAGAGGGACAUUGUUCAGUUCGUUCCUUUCAGAGACUACAUUGACCGACGGGGUAACCACAUCCUCAGCAUGGCUCGCCUGGCUAAGGAAGUGCUCGCCGAAAUCCCGGACCAGUUCCUGUCCUACAUGAGGACCCGGGGGAUCAAACCCGGGCCCUUGCCCCCUCCGUACACCCCCUGUCCUCCGCCUGCUCUCCACCCUCUCCUCUGCAGACGGGUAAGCCGGAUCUAAAAGGCGGAGGUCCCCGCUUGGACGCCAUGUUGCACGGCCGGCAACGUUUGACGGGAUAACCCCGGGAUAACGCCGCGUGGGAUGCUUCCACUUUGUAUAGGAAGGAACUUCAAAGGGUUGGUGGCGGGGGGGUCUGAGAUCACCUACCUCCAGCAGGGAGUGUGGACAGGACGGACACGUACCCCCUUGAAGCCGUCAGACUGAAACACUGAUUCUGCUCUUUCUAUUUCCACUUCCUCUAUCUUUCACAAAAAUCGCUCAAUGUUGAAAUGUUUACAAAAUUGAGGAAUGGAAUGGAGCAUUUUUUUCAGGAGGAAAUUUGUACCAAUCAAUGUGAAAACCUUUCAGAUUCCUAUUUUUCGGCUGCAGAAACUGGAAGUCUUGACUUUGUAGAAAAAACAUUUUAGGCUCCGGUGCCACAUUCUUCAUUACAGAGCGUGUGUGUUUUUAUUUUAUUAUUAUUUUUAUAUAAAUGGAGCAUGUGCUAGUUUUAAGAGAAGCAUGCACUGUUGUCCUGCACUCAGGGCUUUGUCCCUCCCACACAACCCCCCCCCCCGUCCACCCUCCUUUACUAUCACCACCACUGCCAUGUUCCAUUAAGAAGCAACCCAUCACCCGAUAUCUUCCCACGCUCCUCCUUCCUCCUGCUCCGUCCACCGGCCUCGACUCGAAUGGCAGCCGUGCUCCCAGUGAGUCGGGUCACAUCAAAUGCAGCAGGGACUUGAACCAGCCUUUUACUCUUUUGCCAGAUAACGUUCACAGGCACCGUGUCCACAGUGGGCUCUGGAAAUGUGGAUCUCCAAGCCCAGAAGUCAAAAAUACACAUCUCACCACUGACGACUUUUUAUUUUAUUUCAUUUUUUUAUGUCGCUCUACCUCUCACUUUGUUUGAUAUUGCCCCCCAAAAAAUGUAUAACAACAAAAAUGUAUAAUAACAAAAUGUCGGUGUGUCAGUCAGUAGAGUGCACAGCUUUAAUUUUCUCACUUCAUGACGUUUUGGCCAAUCUGUACGUUUAGAAUGAAAGCACAGAUCAGGUGACUCACACCUUUGUGGAAGCAGCACACUGUGAACAUGGUCACAGAAAGAAGUUAACCAACCAAUGACUUGAUAUGAGUGGUGGCUGUGAGGCACAGUGGGGCUUUUCUUUUGGGGGGGGUUCCAUGUUGUCCAACAAUGUUGUACCUAAAAUCAGUUUUAUUCCCUGAAGGUUUAGUACAGUAGUCGGUUGCUAUUCACCUAGUUGAGGAAGUUGCCAGAAAAAAAAAAAAAAGGUUAAUGCAUCAACCACUUUUUAUAUAUUUAUCUAAAUAGAUAUCCUGUGUUGAUUGACAGCUUUGCCACCAGGUGGAAAGUCCAGUUAGCCACUCCGAGUGAGAUAAAGAAAAUGGUCAUUGUCCCGUGGCAGAGCCGAAACAAUUCUUAAAUGUAAUAUAACCAACAUUGGAGUCCAUGGUAACAGCAAACCACGAACGUUCCAGUGUCUACAGGUGUUGAGUAUUUGAUAUUCAAAACCUUGCUGUUCCUUUUUAAAACGGGGAAACGCUCCAAUCCAAACCAGGUACUUGCACUGCCACUUUCAGCCGAGGUUUUAGGGCGAAACUCUAAUGUGACCUUGCUGCUGUUUUUCCCGUUAAUGUGCACAUGAGAACUUCUCAGAGUGACUUCAAGCACAAGCCGUCUCCUGCCCACACAUCGGACUCUCUGCUGUAGAUGCUACCAGUGCUUCUUAGGGCCCCGUUCAGUCAAGGAGUCAACGUGAGAGAAGGUUUACAAUGGUUUUCUAAACUUAUGCCUCAAAGUCAUCUCACAUCUUAUCGACUUAUAAACGUGUAAAACAUUUUCUCAGAUAUUUAUACACUGUACAAAUGUUUGCCUUUUUCUUGUGUAUCGGUCAAUAUACUGUGUGUGUACUGCUACUUCUCGACUGAUGAUAUAGGUUUUGUACUGAGGCCUGUAAUCAUAUUUAAAUCAUGACUAGCAGGCCUUAUUCAUGUUUAUACAUAAGUUAUUCAUAUUUAAAUCAUGAACGACAGGCCUGUAUUUUUUAUAAGCUAAUGGUUAGAUUAUAUUGUUUCAAAGUAGACCAGGUGAUUCACUACGUAGCAACAUUCACCUGCCGAAUUUGCCACCUUGUGGAAGGGAAAGCCCUGAUGUUUUGAAGUGGGGUUGAUUGAGGUGCUCAUUGAGUGGAUGUCGACUGUCGACAGCAUCAAAGUAUUUUAGCCUUUUAAAAAAAGACAACGUCAGUUUAAGCGUGUGCUAUAAUUAGAUUAUUUUCACUGCUAUGACUCUCAGUGAGACAGUCCUUUGUGACAGAGAAGUGGAGCUGUUGCAUAAUCAGUCAUUUUAGUUUCUGUGUGUUAUUAAUUCACUCUGGAACUAAAUCUUUACACCAAAGUCCCAGAAUAACACAGACCGGGUUACCACCUCCACUGGUUGGGUCACCUGCUGUUUGAUUCACUGACUGUGUAAAAGCACCUAAUGCAACCCUACGUCAAAUAUUGCGAACGUUCCCUCUAAGAAUAGCGUCUCAUUUUUGGCCUGAAACUAAGUCCGAAAACGCUGGUUAUUCAUUUUGACCGAACAGUGUACCUCAGUGUGGGGACGCGUGGUCUGGUAGAUUGUGUACUCUUUUGUGUUGUUGUCUAGUGGCGGAUUGCACAAUGUAGCACUGGUCUCACAUCGGGGAUUUAAAGUGGAGCAAAACCAGACUGAGCCAGAUCGGUCCAGAUCAGGCAGUAAGUCUUUUUUUCUAUAUUGUGUAUAUAUUGUGCGUAUGCUUUCUGGAGAGUUGACUUCUAGCAAACUGCCAAGACUCUGUGACUCUCCUCCUAAAACACAAGGCAGGGCCUUUCAUUUAUUCAUCACGACGCAAUGUCAACUUCAUCUCACACCAUCACUCUCGUAUAUACACUGUACAUCCAGUAGGCCUACAUGUAUUUAUAUAUGAAACAUGCAUGACGCUUACAUAACAAGGCCAGGGUUGAAUGAAGGGCUUUUAUUUUUCUGCUUGUUUUCUCAGAGAAUACAGGGGUUUCACAGACGUGACAUCUUUAGGUCGAGGAUGCAAAGUAUUUCUGAGAAUUUCUGAAUUGAUUGUACAGUAAUCUGUUCUGAGAUCAAGGAUCAUUUUGGCACUAAAAUCCCCGCCGAGACCCUGCUUUGGUGAUUCCCGAUUGUUUGUUACAAAUUGCAGCAAAGUAGUGGAAAUGUUCCCCAAAACAUUUACCAAAUGUGACCCAUAAACCUGAUGAUAAACGGUAUUGACAAUUUGACCGUUGACCGAGCUUCGGCCCCAUCACCAUGUCAAGCUAGAAGCUAGCAGGUGCCAAUUAGCUUAGUCGGUAGCAAAUCAAGCUAAAGUUAGCGAUUAAAAAAAAAGGCCUACUUGAUAAACCUUUUAAUGUUUUCAGCUCACUUCUUUUUCAACAAGAAUCUCGUUGAGUGUAUUGAAGGUUUUGAACGUGCAAUUGAAGGCUGACGGCCUAAAGACGAAAGCUAACCGCUAACAGGCAAGCGGUUCAAUCUACCCGACAUGGGAGUGAAGAAACAGCAUUUGUCUAUAAGAUACUAUGAUGAGGAAAAGUGUCCAAUCAGCCUGCUAAUUGGCUGUUUGGCUGCUAAUCCAACAUUUAGAAUCAGUCCUCAUCAGAGAGACUAACAGAUGCGUUUAGCUGGCGUGUUGUUAUCUCGAAUAACAUUGUUGGAAUGGUUUGAGCGUAAACGUCCCCAAAUUCAAUCUGAUAUCUUGUAACCCAAAGGAACCGAAAAGAUCCGCCCCGUAGAGGGAUUGGGAAACUCAGCCACAUCACACGCCGACGUGACCCUUGUUAUUAUUCUAUGUUGUGCAGAAUGAAUAUGUGUGAAAUCCCUGUUCCUCCUCGUCUGUGUUGGAGAGACAAUCAAAAGCAUUUAUCAUUGUGUAGGAGAAAACACAACAACAACCAACAAGCUUAAAGGAAGUCAGCACGGCGUCUUAACCUUCACGCGGCCAACGUUGUAAACUGUACCUUUGUAAUAAUAACAAAGUGGUUUAAUUGAAUGCUUGUGAUGAAUAUCCUGUUUUACUCUUGAUGUUUAUUUGGAGGGGAAGGGAGGGGGGGGUGUUGUAGCAUGCAUUAAGUUUGCACGUGAAGAUUUCUUUUUCUAUCAAAGAUGAAUCAGUGGGUUUAAAAAUAAUAAUCGUUAUAUGACGUCUUUAUGUGUUAAUUCUGACAACUUUUUUGCCUUAAAAGUCUCACUGAUCAAUUUUGGAAUUAUUUAACGCCUUCGGAUGUUUCUUUUGAAGACUUUUUCUUUUCUUUUUAGCUUUGAGUUUGGUGCCCUCAUGCACAGCCACUCAACACACUUCAUCUCUUGGCAUUGUUCUCUCAGACCCAUUGGUUGAAGUGAUGUGAAGAGGGACAAUGAUCCGAAAGGGAAGAACAAGAAACUGGGCUGUCUCCAUUUCAACAAAGGGACAGAAUCAUUGAGCUGAGGGUGUUAUUUAAAGUUACAACCAACCCCAAUUUUAUCAUGUACUCAAACCAGCAAACUCGUCGCUACAUUUUUCAUCAGCCGGCCACAAUGUGAUUCAUGGCUUCUGCAUGAUGCUUGUGAAAAAUUUGUGGAUGGAUUUGCCCAUUGAUGAAAAAUAUGUACUAAAUAUAAUUUCAUGGGGUUAGUUAUAUUGUAAGACAGCACAGGUUUUACUGUUCCAAUAGAAAAUAUGGAAGCCACUAAAGAUUUAUUUCAAAUGACUAUUUCUGUAAGAAUUCAAGUCUUUAAAUAAAAAUUCAUAUCAAACUUU